AUGGUUUGUGAUUUCAAGGACUAUUAUGGAACAGAAGUUUCUUAUCGGCGAGCUUGGAUGGGUGUUGAAAAAGCAAGGGGUCUUGUUUUUGGUGACUAUUCAUCAUCAUUUGACGAUCUUCGUUGGUAUGUUGAUGCCGCUAAUGAUUGUAAUCCGUAUUGUCGGCCUGUGUUGAUGCUUGAUGGAACUUUCUUGAAAGGAAGACACAAAGGUUGUUUAUUGGCUGCUAUGGCAAAAGACGGUAACCAAGGUUUAUAUCCGUUAUGUUUUGCCAUUGUUGAUAGUGAAAGUUAUGACAGUUGGCAUUGGUUCUUGUCAAAGUUAUUUGUUAUUUUGACUCCGGGGAGGGAUAUUGCGUUUGUUACUGAUCGGCAUGGAGGUUUACUGAAAGCUUUAGCUGAGGUCUUUCCGUUUUCUUCUCACUCUUUUUGUCUAAUGCAUUUGAAGGCAAACUUGAAUACUUAUUUGUCAAUGACGAGUCGUGAAUCUAAAGAGUAUUUGCUUACUCUUUUUAGUAGAUGUGCAUAUGCUCCUACUAUUGAGUUGUUUAAUGAGCUAUUUGAAGAAUUUAAGGGUCGCUGUGGUCGUAGUGUUGAGAAGUUUCUUGAGGAUUUGCCUAAUGAGUGUUGGUGUAACGCUCAUUUUCAAGGCAAGAGGUAUGGUGAAAUGUGCACAAAUGUUGCGGAAUCUUUUAAUUCAUGGAUUAGGGAUGAACGCCAUUUGUUUUCAACUAGUCUUGUUGAUGCUAUAUGGGUGAAACUAAUGGAGCAAUUUUCAAGAAGGAGAGAAGUUGGAAAUAAGUGGAAUCGUAUUGUUUGUCCUUUUGCAGAGAAAAAGUUGGAAGAAGCUUUUAAUGAUACAAAAGCAUGGAUAGUUAAGAAAUGUAGCAAUGACAUUUAUGAAAUCCAAUUGGAUCAUUCAGUUAUGGUUGAUAUUGGAAAACGUUCUUGUUCUUGUCGAUUGUGGGAAAUUGAUUAUUUUCCUUACAAACAUGGUUUUUGUGCUAUAAAGAGGAGUGUGAAGGAUCUGAAUUCUUUUCUUGAUGAUUACUAUUGUGUUAGUAGUUAUUGUGAUUCUUAUUCACAUUCUAUCUAUCCAGUUCCUAGUAUGUGGAAGCCAAAUGUAGUUGUUAAUGAUGACAUUGUUUUACCUCUUCUUUGUAAGAGACUAACUGGACGUCCAAGAACAGAGAGAAUACCUUCUAAGGGCGAAAUCAAGAGAAUUAGGUACAGUAGGAGUGGAAAGAUGGGAAUUCAUAAUCAGAAGACAUGUAAAGAAGCUUUGCUUUAG